UUUCUUCACUAUUAUCAUUACACUUCCACACAUACACUCCUAUUUUUCACUCUACUAAUAUUAUGGACUCCUCAAAGUCCUCAGCCCUUCUUUUCAUAUGUAUGCUUUUUAUUUCUUCAGUUACUCCCAUUUUGGGCUGUGGCUAUUGUGGUGAGCCCACUCAUAAGCCUGGAAAGGGAGGCCAUCACAAGCCCGGUAAGACCCCACCCGGUUCGGUUCCCAAAGGCCCUCUCCCACCCGUCACGGUUCCCAAAGUCCCUAUCCCACCCGUCACGGUUCCCAAGGUUCCAAUCCCACCCGUCACGGUGCCCAAGGUUCCAAUUCCACCUGUCACCGUUCCUAAGGUCCCAGUCCUCCCACCGGUCCUCCCUGUCCCACCGGUCACCGUUCCUAAGGUCCCCGUCCUCCCACCGGUCCUCCCUGUCCCACCGGUCACCGUUCCUAAGGUCCCUGUCCUCCCGCCGGUCCUCCCUAUCCCACCGGUCACCGUCCCUAAAGUCCCGGGCCUCCCACCUCUCCCAUUGCCACCAGUUUUGAACCCACCUUCAGGCCCAAGUGGGAGCCCACCUUCAGGCCCAAGUGGGCCCUGCCCACCAGGCACCCCAGGCUCUACCCCAUCAGGUCAGCCCACAUGCUCUAUUGAUAUCCUAAAGUUGGGUGCAUGUGUGGACCUUCUUGGAGGCCUAGUCCACAUUGGGCUUGGUGAUCCAGCUGUGAAUAAAUGUUGUCCAAUCUUACAAGGCCUUGCUUCAGCUGAAGCAGGAGUUUGCUUGUGCACUUCACUCAAGCUUAAACUUCUUAACCUUAACCUUUAUGUUCCCAUUGCCCUUCAGCUCCUCCUCACUUGUGGCAAAACCCCACCUCCAGGCUUUACUUGCUUUGUCUAGAUGGUUACUAGAUCAUGAAUGAAUAGAUGAACAUGGAUGAUUUUGACAUGAGAGGAUGUUGAGCUUCCAUUUCUCUCUCUCUCUCCUUUGACUAGAUCUACCUCCUCCUCUUUUUAUCUUUUGGAUUUAUUGAUUCUUCUUGUUCAUUGAAAUUUGGUAGGAUGGUAUUUGGGUUUUUAUUGAAAACACAAAUUUAUUUGUAAUGACUCGUGUGUUAUGAGUUCAAACAUUACUAUAUUCAAGUGUAUGUGUUCUUAUUAAUGUUAUUAUUGCAACCAAGUAAUGCAAUGGUAUCUCCCUUUAAUUUUCUCAA